UUGCUGAGUGAGCUCGUGAAAACAGUUUCUAACUUUAGGCAUAAUGAAAGAGGCAGAUGAAAAAACCAAGCUCCUUUCCGGUGUAUCGAAUUCUGCUGGACAAGAGAAGCAGUUUCUGAGUGAUAAAGAAAACGUAAAAAGAUGGCGUUCCAUACACAUUAUGUAUCUGACAAUGUUUUUGAGCUCUCUGGGAUUUUCGAUGGUGAUGCCGUCAGUGUGGCCGUACUUGACAAAGAUCGAUGAAAAUGCAACCAAAAAUUUCCUGGGCUUCGUGGUGGCUUCAUUCAGCCUGGGGCAACUCGUGUCCUCUCCGAUCUGCGGUGUCUGGGGCAACCUGAGAGGCGCGCGAGAACCAGUGGCUUUUUCAUUGAUCCUAAGCAUAGGCUCCAACUGCCUGUAUGCCUUCCUAAUGGCGAUCAAGUCUCACAAUGCAACAUACAUGCUAAUUGCUAGACUUCUGCUUGGCUUCAGUGCAGGUAAUACGGCUGUAGCUAGGUCGUAUGUGUCAACUGCUACAAGUCUUCAGGAAAGGACCGGUGCAAUGGCCGCGAUCAGUGGCUUUCAAGCAGUUGGCUUUAUCUUCGGACCUGUGUUUCAGGCUGCAUUUGUACCGAUUGGAGAAAACGGUGUUUCGUCUGGCCCACUGCAUUUGAACAUGUACACCGUUCCAGCUUUUGUGAACGCAAUUAUGACAGCUGUAAAUUUGUUGUUAAUCAUCCUUGCAUUCAAGGAGUACGAUAUACCAGAUAUAAUCACAGAUCCAGCAAAACCAACUGAUAUUCUCACUCAGAAUCCACAGCUUUAUGAUGUACUCGAAAAUAAUGCAACAGCUAAUAACGGAACUAUCAAUGGAAACUACAAUCAGCUACCACCUUAUGAGGACCUGGAAUCCUCUCAACACGGUGCGAUAGUUAACGAGAGCAUUUCAAUAAGUGUUGAUAUCUUUAUGGUCUUCAUCAUCAACAUCAUCUACUUCGUUGUUCUCUUUGUGUUCUCAAUCUAUGAAACAAUUGGUACUCCGAUGACUAUGGACAUGUAUGCUUGGAGUCGGCCGAAAGCAGUUUUGUAUAAUGGGAUUAUUGGAGCAGUUAGCGCUUUUAUCUCCGUAACCGUAUUUGCUUUAGUAAAGCCAGUUAGUAAAAGAUUUGGCGAUCGUUUAGUCAUGCUUGCUGGCAUAAUAUUCCUUAUCAUUGGAAUCUUUGUUAUGUUGCCAUGGGGACCUGGUUAUAUGCCCAGGCCUUACUAUGCUCUCAAUGUUUCUGAUUAUAAUGACACAAUAGUUCCAGGUACGCUGGGAUGUUCUUGGGCCUACAGCUGGUGCGACACGCUGAAAGUGCUCCCUCUAUGGCAGUACGGACUCGCUAUAUUCAUCAUCUCCUUUGGAUACCCUACCUGUCAAGUACUGAGCUUUAUAAUUUAUUCUAAGAUGCUUGGCCCAAAGCCACAGGGUUUAUAUAUGGGUAUUCUGACUGCUGCUGGUAGCUUAGCCCGUACGCUAGGUCCAAUAUUUGUCAGCCAGAUAUACUCCAGUAAGGGUAACCGUGCAGCAUUUAGUGUCCUCCUAGGCAUGGAGGUGGCCAUGCUAGCUCUCUAUUUAGCCUGUUAUAAACGCUUCAUUCCUUAUCAAGAACGAUUGAAGAAGAAAAAGGAAAAGGCUUCAAGCCCUUUAAACAGUCCGCAUCAUAAUAUAUAGUCCUUGCUACAUUUUUCUGCUUUGGUUUGUAUUUGUUGUUUUACAUUUUAAAAUUGAUGAAAUGCAAGAUUUACUAUAUAGAAUUUUCUGAGUAUGAGGGCCAAUUUCAUAUAUGAAAGCUUCGGCCCAACCUUUAGAUGGAUGACCCCUAAGGGUCUUGUCGUGUCAAGCAACCACAGUGGUGGGUGUAGCUCCCACCACUGUGGCUGCUUGACAUUGUUAUUGAAGUGCAAAUGAUUAUGUUUUUCUAAGUUAACUUACUUGCUCAAUUUUUUUUUCUUCAUAGCUAGGCCAGCUUAGGCCUAGUCGGACACAGCAGCAAAGUGAACUCCUAUCCCUUCAACCCAUUCCUUAUUUACAUCAUAAAACAUGAUAUAGAUGAUGUAAUGAAAAAGCAAGCCAUAAUUUAAUACGCAUAUUUGGAAACAAUGUAACCUUUCAUGUUCAAUUUCUUUUAAAAUUCUUAGCGCUUUCAUUGUCACAAAAAAAACCAAAAAAAAAACCGGCUAUUCCUUCAACCCAUUCCUUAUUUACAUCAUAAAACAUGAUAUAGAUGAUGUAAUGAAAAAGCAAGCCAUAAUCUAAUACGCAUAUUCGGAAACUAUGUAACCUUUCAUGUUUGAUUUUUUUUAUUCUUAGCACUUUCAUUGUCGUGAAAAAAAACCGGAUUUGCUGUGUACUAUACCUAAACCUUGAUUUUGGAGAUGCAAAAAUCAGAGUGUCUGCAUCUGACACAAAUACUCAAAAAACCAUGUUUCCGCAUGUGUUUUAUACGCAGAUUAUUGCAUGUAAAGAACAUCAGAUCGCUUUUGAAAGUAGCUAUGGAUGCUAUAUUGAGAAUGGAAGAUAAUAUUAUAUUCCAGAGCAGAGGGGACGUCAACACAAAGAGCCAAAGUACCAUAGUAGUUGCAAAAUCUUUGCCAUUUUAACAGUCUGCAACCCAAACAAUAUUUGUGCAACAUUGUAUUGUGCUAAAGUAACAAGAUAUUCACCUGACUUUAUACUGUAUAUGGUAUUAAAACUGAGUUGAUGCAUUCUUCCUCUCCCAAAACAUUCAGUAGAAAUGUUUCUUCUGUCCCUAUCUCUGCAAUAACCGGUCAAAAUUGUGUAUAAUCCAGUAAUCAGCAAUUAUACAACCGUUUGAGGAGAGAGAAUAAACCCUGUUUUCCGCUAGCCAAAUUUAUUUGCACAAAUCGAAAGUGUCAGUUUGCUUCCUGAGCUCUGAUUUGUUGCGCAUUUUUUUCGCUUCACAAAAAAGUAGAAACAGUUCAAACUACUGAUAUUGCGGAAGUGAAAAAACUACGAUAGAUAUGUGAAUGCACGUGAACCGACACAAAUAAUUAUUCGUGCAAAUAAAUUCGCUUAGUAGAAAACAGGCUUUAUGCGGAAAGCAUAGCCUUACUAAUAAAAUAAAUAUGCACCUUGAUAUUUAAAUCUUGGACCCUCAUGAGACUGAUUGUUUAAGUAAAUUGAGACCUGUAGCUGGGGGAAAAGGGAGUGCAUACAUUCGAUUAGUGCAUACUCACCACCAGCUUCCCCCCACCCCAAAUUCCCAUAUCAGAAAAGGUCUACAUUUUCAAGACAUUAGAGAAUUUACUAAACAUAAUUUAUUUUUAUUUUCUGUAAUCAAAAUGAAUUAAGGGAAUCUUAAAUAUUUACUUUUUAUUCAGCAGUCUAUCUUAGGCCAGUAUUUGGUCAAAUAAAUUGCUAU